AUAAUUCGUUUUCUUUGUUACAACAUCAAUAUGGGAGGCACAAAGCGUAAAAUAAAGAUUGAGGAGAUCGAAAAGAAGACAGUGAAAUCGGUUGCUUUCACGAAACGACGUAACGGUCUCUUCCGCAAAGCUGCUGAGCUCUGUCUUCUCUCUUCCUCUACUCAAAUCGCAAUCUUAGCGACUCCUCCUUCUACCAAUUCUCACGCUGCUUUCUACUCCUUUGGCCACUCCUCUGUCGACCACGUUGUUUCCUCUCUGCUCAACGGUAGGUGUCCUCUUCCGACAGAACAAGAGAACAAGUCAGGAUUAGGGUUUUGGUGGGAAGACGAAGGCUUUGAAAGAUCGGAGAACAUAGAUGAACUGAAAGAAGCUACUGAUGCGGUUUCCAGGAUGUUGAACAAUUUGAGGCUACGAUUAGAUGCUUUGAAGAGUAAUCAAAGUGAUGGAGAUGUAGUGAUCCAUGAAGAGGAGGUUCUUCAGCUUUGUGACACCGAGAGGAACAACAACGAAGAGAUGACGAAUCAAAUUACUAGACUUGAAGGAGCUUCUGGUUCUGGAAGUUGUUUGGUUGAGAAUGUGGAGGAUAAUGAUCUGCCUCAUCAUGAGGAAUUUUUUAGUGAUGCCAGGAUUGAUCAAUUUUGA